GAGUGUUCAAGGCGAGGAUGCGAUAGAUCCUCAACCACAGAAGGAGGCAGCGGCUGCCGCCACUCAAAACCCAUGAAAUGGCUAAAAGAAGCCAUUGUCAACGUUGCAAGCUCCUCUACGGAGGAGCCACUCUCAAUGGAGACCAUUGCAACUAUGGAUUCCCACCUUCAUGAAAUCUUCUUUAAAUAUCCAACCCCAGAUCAUCCACCUUAUGAAGAGAUGAUCUACAAAGCCAUUGAACAGCUGAACAAGCAUGGGGAUUGCUCGAAUGCAGCAUCAAUUUCUUCGUACCUUAAAUCGAAGAAGUAUAAUCUUCCAUGGGCUCAUCCUACAAUAUUCUGUCACUAUCUUAGCCGAAUGAGCUUCAGGGGCGACAUAUCUUUGGCUCCCGAUGGCUGCUACACGUUUCCGAAUCAAAACCAUAAAGGUCAUCAGGUGCUUAUUAAUGUUAACGAAGAUAAUGCUGCAGAGCCAGAGAUACUCUCAAUCAAGCCCCUCCUGACCUUAACUGAUGAAGAGCUGCUGCAGUGGAAGCAACAAAAACGACGGCAUGGGAGACCUCCGAAAUCAAGAGAAGAGAAGAGCGUGGAUUUGAAGACGAAUAUGGAUGAAAACCAAACGAUCGGGGACAUAAAAGAGCAAUUGUGGAAAGAGGCAGCGGCGGUGGAAACAAGUGACAAGAAGACAAAGCUGCUGCAUGAAGUCUGGAACAGUGGCACCAAGAUUGUGAACUCGGUCGCACAGAUACAGGCACAGCAGUAAAUGGUACUAGCAUCAGUAGGGCAGUAAUCAGACUAUCGGUGCAUGUCCUUCUCGUGAACCGUAUAACUGUCCUUCUUCUUCUUCUUCUUCUUCUAAUUAUUAUUAUUAUUAUUUUGCGAAGUUAAUUUCUGAUGACUCCAACAAUACUAUAUGACUUGAAUAUAGUAAAUCAUAAGAU